AAUCUGCCUUUUGAUAACCUUCAGCUGAAAGCAAGAUGAAUUUCACCUGUUAUAAGUUUCAAGUCGCCCUGCUGCCCACAAUGUAUGGAAUUGAGUUCAUCGUGGCACUGGCAGGGAAUCUGUUUGCCCUGUGGCUGCUGGUGGUCAGAGAGAGAAGAAACUGGCACACUGGGGUCGUCCUGUCUUGUAACUUGGCCAUCAGUGACCUGCUGUAUGUCCUCACCCUGCCUUUGCUGAUUGUCUACUACUCACGGGAUAAAGACUGGUCGUUUAGUGAACCUGUGUGUAAAAUCGAAAGGUUUCUUUUCACCUGCAACCUGUAUGUGAGCAUCUUCUUUAUCAUGGCGAUAAGCGUGAACAGAUGUGUGGCCAUUGCAUACCCCUUCUUCACCCAUUCCUACGUAAAGCCUGCCCACGCCAAAGUCGUCAGUGUCAUCAUCUGGAUCAUUGUUGGAGUCAUUUCCUGCCCUGUGUUGAAAUAUGCUUCAGUUUGCCCAAAGGGCGACAAAAAGGAGUGUGUGUCCCUCUGUGACAAGACGUAUGAGAGUCCUCACUUCAAUUACAAAAUAUUUCUUGCUGUGUUUGGGUGUCUUGUUCCCUUUCUGGUGACUUUCAUUUCAUACUGCAUUGUGAUUUCAGUGGUGUGGAAAAAUACCAAUAUAACCACAUUGGAGAAACGCAAGGUAGCUCUGUUGGUCAUGGCAGUGCUCGUUCUGUAUGCCAUUUCCUUUGUGCCGUUCCACAUCUUCCAGAUUUAUCACUUGAAUGUGAAAAUUCAUAAUCCAGACAACCAAAUCUGUUGGAUCUACAACAUGUACCAGGUGUCCAAGGGACUAGCAACGUUGAACAUGUGUAUCCAUCCAAUCCUUUACAUGGCUUUGUUUGACAGUAUCAGAGUGGCUUGUUGUGGGAAGAACCAAGAGGACAACAACAGGGUCGUGAUGAGGAAGUAGAGCUGCUGAUUUACAUCACUAUUUUUAUGCUGUAAAAGCUUAAGCUAAUUUUGAUUCUACCCAGAAGAAGCUCUUUUUUUUAAUUCUUGUCUUGUUUUUGUUACUAUUACUAGGGCUACCAUAAGACUGUUUAGUUGUUAUUCUUAAGCCACUGAUCAUUUUGCCUCAUUGCAGAAUCAUAUAACUGUAAAGAUUUUAUCUAUAAUGACACACCCAACAUGACACAAAAAUAAAACUGACAAAUCGGUUCAAAAACUGUUGUAUGUGUUCUAAUU